UGCACAAUCGUACUGACGAACUUCCGCUGUAGCCGCAUUAGGGCAAAUCGGCUACCGGUUUACUGGAGACCAUCACAAAAUACUCAACUUUAGUAUAUGUCUCCAAGCCCUGCCUAAAGUAAGCGUCAGUGACGUCCAUCGCAUCGUAAAUGCUUUUUCCCCUGCUCCAACAAGCAAGCUGGACAACGGAUUCAAACUAUACAUAUCCAAUUAUCUGCACAACUAUGAGGAUUUUGGACUGUGGACGGUGCUCUACGUUCGUAGUUUGCUGUAAACUGCCUUAUCAAAGGGACCGACACGAUAUGGGGACUUGAUAUUUUCAUGGGAGUUCUCGGCUACUUAUUGAAUCUGCUCCUUGCCAUCGUCUUCCGAUUUUUUUUUAUUAUUAUUAAACGGAAUAUAAUUGAAAGACGCAACCUUCAAGUCUGUUGUCGACUAACAACCAAGAUCACAAGGGAUCACAAAGUUUCUUGUUCUGAGUGGAUUAAAAACCUACAACGACCAAACACUUUUUGAUUGUGUUGAUUUUCUUUUUUCAAAGUCGGCUACGUUACACAGCUCAUGAGGGACAAACAGGUGCUUUUUGAUGGACUUGGUAUAUUUCAUCUUUCUUUCACACGUUAUUCUAUGAGUCAUUAAGAGCGAAACGCAAUAUCACUUUGCCCGCGUGAAAAUCACAAGGUUUAUCAAGGUCACCAUAUAUGUGGAGGAUAAUUCAAUAUGCUUGACUACAGUUGCAGAUCAGGUACGACUUUUUAAACGUCCUGUCUUUAUAUUCAGAAUCAUAGGAUGUAUAGUAUACUAAUUUCAUGUGGCGCUUAUGUAAGCGGGAGAGGUAGAUGAAGUCACAUCAUUUUAGUACAAUAUGUAAUUCCUGCAUGAACAAAAACAAAAUCUGAAUAAUGAACAUGUGUUUGUGUAACAACUUCUAUAACAAUAAUAGCCCACACAUUUUAAUCCAAUAAAAUAAUGUUUUUUGUUUACACUGAGGAUGAGGUUUCCAAUAUAAUCACAUGGGGGGUGAGAACUUAUAAGCGCCUAGAUCCCUACCGCAUGAAGAGAGAUGAGUUUCAAUGUAUCUUAUAGUAGCCUACCAAUGCGUUAUAGUUAAUGCAUCGUAAGUCAAUUUGUUUUAAAAUGAAAACUACGAAAUGCUCUGUGUUUUUGAUUUUGAACAUUUUGAUUUUUCAACAGUGUAACAGUGUCCAGUGUUCUGAAGAAUUAAUUAAUGGAGAAGAACAACAAAAUCCAUUCUGUGUUGUUUCCCCCCCGGAUAUGACUGACAGCCCAUAUUAAACCAUUAUGUUUGAUCAAAUGAUGGAACACACACAGAAUGGCAGCUGUAAUACAUCCAUUUGCAACAAGAGUAGAACUGGAGACACGCUCCAGCUUCCCACCUUCUCCACCGCUGCGAAAGUCAGAGUGAUCAUUACCUUUGCUCUAUGUAUUUUGUCAGCUGUCUGCAACCUUGUUGUCCUGUGGGCAGCCAGCACAGACGGCAAACGCAAAUCUCAUGUCAGGAUACUUAUAAUCAACCUCACUGUUGCAGACCUGUUAGUGACGUUCAUCGUAAUGCCUGUUGACGCUUUCUGGAACAUCACAGUUCAGUGGCAGGCAGGGGACAUUGCCUGUAGACUGAUGAUGUUCUUAAAACUUGUUGCAAUGUACUCCUGUGCUUUUGUAACUGUCGUCAUUAGCUUGGACCGACAGUCUGCUAUCCUCAACCCGUUAGGCAUCAGUGAGGCCAAAAAGAGAAGCAAAGUCAUGUUGACUGUGGCUUGGGUGAUGAGUGUGAUUCUUUCUGUUCCACAGAUGUUUCUGUUCCACAACGUGACGAUCACAGUGCCAGAGAACUUCACCCAGUGCACCACCCGAGGAAGCUUUGCCAACCACUGGCAGGAGACCCUUUACAACAUGUUUACUUUUGUAUGUCUCUUCCUGCUCCCUCUGGUCAUCAUGAUCUUCUGCUACUCACGGAUCCUGGUGGAAAUAUCCAGUCGCAUGAGUCGAGGAAAGAUGUCAUCUAGGGAGGUGCAUCUACGUCGGUCCAAUAACAACAUCCCAAAAGCACGAAUGAGAACUUUAAAAAUGAGCAUAGUUAUUGUGACAUCCUUCAUUGUCUGCUGGACCCCAUACUACCUACUGGGUCUGUGGUAUUGGUUCUUCCCUGAUGAUCUGGAGGAGACUGUCUCCCACUCACUGACUCAUAUGCUCUUUAUCUUUGGUCUUUUCAAUGCCUGCUUGGACCCCAUCACUUAUGGGCUAUUCACCAUCCAUUUCCGUCAUGGCCUCAAACGCCAUUGUCAAAAUGUCGCUGAGUCAGAAAACACAACACUAACUGGAUUGUUUAAGUGCUCAUCCGUCCGCAUGACACGACUCUCACAUCAAAACCAGGUGUUGAACAGUGGCCACACCAUAGAGGUGGAACAAACCAAGACAGCGUGUCGCUAUAGCAAUUAUCUUACAGUAAGCAACACUGGAGAAGGUGACCCCAGAUUCAGGCAGGUUAGCCCUGUAAGCAAGAUAUAAUGGAGCCAAUGACUUCUUCUCAAGAGCAUCGCUUCACUUCAAAUUUCAGCAGUGGAGUCUAAAAUCAGUUACAUGGAAACACAAUACAAAGGUUUACAAUGGAAUGUUUCACUGUUCCAUAACAAUGGGUUAAAUACCAGUGUUUUUGGUGCAGGAGGAGAAAACAUUUGAAAUUGUUACCGCAAGUACCAAAAUAGAAGAUUGUAUGAAAGUGUCCAAGGAAAACAAUUUCCACCAGCGGGAAUAUCAAGCUUUUACAGGUCUCUGACAAAGAUGAUAUUCAAAUAUGAGUUUGUGAGCAAAUAUCGUAUUUCAUUUAAGUCAUAACUCAUUACUGUGUCUUGAUGCAUGUCCAUUGCAGAAAAAUGUCCUACUAAAUUGAGUAAAGUAUGUGAUUCCAAUUAUACACAUAGGUAGAUGUAAUCCAUGUGAAAACAUUUCAAAACAUCCACAUUUUUUAUUAAACAUAAUUGCCGCAACUGACAUAAAAUGGAAGGACUGAAAGCAAUGGCAAAAUGUAAUGUUGAAUUAAAUGUGAGAGCUGUGAGAGCCUUGCACCAGGCUAUUUGAAAAGACAAGGUUCCACUCUAAAAUAUCCACAAAGUAACAAUAUAGGUCACCCCUAAGCAGUCUACAUUCCCCAAGGUAAAGCUUUAUAUUAACGUUGUAUUUCUGUAGCUGGAAGUAUCUGGAUCUAGUUUCCUUUACUUUCAUUCAUAAUCUCAAAAAUGUUUGACCAGAAAUAUUCAAAUGAUUUCCAAGGCUGGUAAACGUGAGCAGCAUUGCAAAUAUAUGCCUAUUUUAAGCAUAAGAAAUCCACUCAGUGAGGGUCAUACAAAUAAUGAUGUUCAUUGCGCCCUGUGAAUAAUUGCAUAUAAAUAGGUAAAUGUGAAAUAAAAAUGUGUUGAAUGAACAAUGAAACCAAUGCUAUGAGAUUGUCAGAAUCCAUUCUGACAAAUAUUUUUGUGAAUGUAGCAACAUUUUAAAGUAUUCGUGCUUUGUUGAUGUAUUCAUGAUCAUUGUUAAUGUCUAUGGCCUCAGGUAAAUGACUGAAUAGUGUGUUGAGACAUCCAUUUGGAGACAGAUCAACUGUAAAAUCCAAUUCACUUGUCAUUAGAGGAAAUAAUGUUGUAGUGUUGUAUUUGUGCUUGGAUUGAACUUUAGGUUUAUUUUGACACAUUGAAUGUAAAAACGCAUGGAUGUACAGUAUAGUAAUGUUUGUGUUUGAAUUAGUAAAUUAAGGAAACAAUAUGUGUUUGCAUGGAAAUAUGUAGUGCUAUAAAAAACCUUCCCUUUCACAUUUUUUUUUUUCACUGUUUUGACCACUGAACAUUUAUUUGAGUAUUUGAGAAAUAGAGCAAAUUAUCUCAAUGUCCUCAUGUGUGUCGAACAGUAGUAUCAGAUCACAAACUGCUCAGAAUGACUGAUCACCAAUAAAGCCACAGAAUGAGGCUGUCAAAUUUCAAUUCACUGGGAAUUACAAUGUAUGGUCAUGGAGCCAUUUCAUGUAAAACCCUAUAAAACAAAGACAGUUUUACAAAAUAGUGGGGAGAACAGUUGUCUACAGUUGGCAUCUUUAUUUAUGGUAGUACUGUAUCUAUCUCCACUACCAACGCUGGUUUUGUGUGUAAAACUGACAUAUUCUAAACAAUCUACUGCAUCUAAUCCAAUGCAGACAGCAGUACCUUGUUGACAGACAGUGAGGAGUAGGACACAGGAGCUUACUUCAAUAAAAGAUAACAGUUCCCUUAGACAUACAGUGUAUCAGGAAAAUAUUCACAGCACUUCACUUUUUCCAUAUUACGUUACAGCCUUAUUUUUAUUCCAAAAUGGAUUCAAUAAAAAAAUAAUCUCAAAAUUCUACACACAAUACUCAUAAUCAUAAGUGAAAAAAUAGUGUUUAAUAGAUUUGCAAAAAUUUAGAACGAAAAUAUAACAUGUACAUAAGUAUUGACAGCCCUUGCUCAAUACUUUGUUGAAGCACCUUUGGCAGCAAUUAGAGCCUGAACUAUUUUUGAGCAUGAUACUACAAGCUUGGCACACCUAGGCCGACUCCCAAUUCUCUGUCUUACCCCUACCCCUUUUUGAGGGUAAAAAUGACGUUGUGUCCUUGGGCAAGGCACUUCAACCUACUUGCCUAGCAUGCCUUUGUGUAACACACUUUGGUUGUGGUACACAAAGUAGUAUGUCCACAAAUAAAGCCAGGUUUUUCAUGUAUUGUAUAAAUGUUAUAAACAUUUAAUUUAUAGUUAAUGUUUGUUAGCAAUUACAUCCAAUUAAUUUAUUUAUCAAUGUUCAAUGACUAGUGAAAAUGUGGUUGACAAUAAAAUAUUCAAUACACUUUUCUUAAUUUCGGAAAACAAUAUUUAAAACACUGUGACAUAAAUACAAAAUGUGUGUACAUAAUAAAAAUACAAAAAAAAUUAAUCCCUCUGUUCAGAGUCCAUCUGAUUCUACAUUGUUUGAAGUUGUUUUGAUAUAAAAACGUGCUAUACGCCGCAUUGAAAUAUAAGCCGCACCACCACAAGAAAAAUGUAAAAUUGGUGAAUAAGCAGCGGCUUUAUUUCCGAAAAAUAUGGAAAGUAAUGUGAUUUUUUUCUUUUCAAUAGAUUAGCACACAUUUAAACUAUUUUUAUUAUGGGGUAUUGUAUGUAGAAUUUUGAGGGGAUAAAAAAAAAAAUCUAUUUUGGAAUACAGCUGUAUAACAACAUGUGGAAAAAGUGAA